GGAAGGACCAGGUGGAAGAUGGCGACGCCGGAGGAGCGGCUCCUGUCGGACGGGGAAGGCGGCGCCAUGGGCUCGGCGCGGCUCUCCCCGCCCACGGUCUCCGACUCUCUCGAGGCUCUGGCGCCCUUGGAGCCUCCACCUCAGAGCAACACGCUCAUGGGGCUGCCCAUCGUGGCGAUCGAGAACAUCCUCAGCUUCCUGUCCUACGAUGAGACGAGCCAGCUCCGCCUGGUUUGUAAGCGAAUGGACUUGGUUUGCCAGCGAAUGUUAAAUCAGGGAUUUCUGAAAGUGGAAAGAUACCACAACUUGUGUCAAAAACAAGUUAAAGCUCAGCUUCCAAGACGGGAGUCAGAAAGGAGAAACCAUUCAUUAGCUCGUCAUGCAGACAUCCUUGCUGCUGUAGAAACAAGACUGUCUCUGUUAAAUAUGACUUUCAUGAAGUAUGUGGAUUCCAAUCUCUGUUGCUUCAUACCUGGAAAGGUAAUAGAUGAGAUUUAUCGUGUGCUAAGGUAUGUAAACUCUACAAGAGCUCCUCAGAGAGCUCAUGAAGUUCUUCAAGAACUAAGGGACAUUUCCUCCAUGGCUAUGGAAUAUUUUGAUGAGAAGAUUGUUCCAAUACUGAAAAGAAAGAUGCCUGGGUCAGAUGUAUCGGGACGUCUGAUAGGAACUGCCCCAGUUCCAGGGCCUUCAGCAGCACUGACGACAAUGCAGCUGUUCUCCAAGCAGAACCCUUCAAGACAGGAGGUUACCAAACUCCAGCAGCAAGUAAAAGCGAAUGGCUCGGGUGUGACGGCCCUGAAGCGGGAAAUCUCCGAGCUUCGUGUCAAAGUGCAAGAGCAACAGAAACAACUCCAAGAUCAAGAUCAGAAACUGCUUGAGCAAACCCAAAUCAUAGGUGAACAGAAUGCCCGAUUGGCUGAGCUUGAACGCAAGCUGCGAGAGGUGAUGGAGAGUACAGUAGGAACUUCUUCGGGUUCUGGCUCAAAUGAACAAUCUCCUAGAAAACGGAGGAAGGCGGUUGAAUCCACAGACAGUCCUAGGAAAUCUAAGCGCCUUCGAAGCAGGAAAUAACUUGGGAGUCAAUGCCACCUUCAGGAGGAUACACUGCUUUAGUGGCCCAAGCAGGUCUACUUGUUUGGAUACUUAGGCUGCUGUCUCUUCAAAACACCACUUAGACUUGAACAGUAAUUUUCCUUCAUUAAGACUUUUCCCCUGCUUUCUGUAUGGGUGGGCCUAAUGCACAGAAUCGUUAAGAUUUGCAAUAGUUACAUACUAACCAGACCUGUUCUGUUAUGUUUGGAAAGGUUAAUUUUUUUUUUUCUCUGUGCAGAUGUGUUUUAAAGUAAACUUAUUUGUGUUUAUGCAUAUGUUCACAUAACAUCUUAAAUAAAUUCAGUCUUAACUGAACUAAAAAGCUAAGCGUAAAAACAGAUGUCCUGUUCACUUGAAAGAAAGAUCCCCUUUCAAAAUCUUGUUUUGGAGAACUUGACCUUUUUUGUUACAAGUGACCUUGUCUGGAAUGUCUGAAAAGUAGUUAAUGCUUUUCAGGAAUCUCUGUAAUCAGUAACACUGACUUCUUAAGCUACAGCAUUGGCUAUAUAUUUUUGUAAACUUAUAAGGAAGGGCCUUCUAUCCAGUCUUCCCAUGCACACCCCCUGGUUCUAGGUCUUGGGAGCCAUAUUCUACAUUUGCAUGGAUAGAUGCAUGUACAGCUUAGCCUGCAAAAGCACUUGCCUGAAAUUGGUCUGAACUCUAUAAAAAGACCUAUAAAGCAAUGUCUUUGUUCCUCGGCCAUAACGGUGUCUGCUUUGGGCCCAACUGCUUUCUUAUAGUGAGGUGGGCCCGUGAAGCCAGCUGCCAGAAAGCUGGAACCCAGGCCAUGUACCUGCCACUCUCUCUGCCUGUAGACUGCAGGUGAUGUUAGCCAAAGCUGGUGAACUGAGAAGCUGCCUGUGCAUUGCUUGAUUCAUCGGCCAACACCUGAUUGGUGUCAGACAAAUUGUCCCUACAAUGAGGGGGACAUCAAAAUAUGAUGUAUGAUGGGAAAAACUUUAUUUUGUAUGUAUGUGUUGGGGGUGGGGUGGAAAUUUCUCUGUAACGCUGGUGACAAUGUUCUAAGCUUUCCUUAUCCUGAAAGGUAAAUCACUUCAGACAAAGCUUUAAUUUCUUUUGCACUUCUGUUUUGAGCUUGUAACUAACUGGAAAAGCAUGUCUUGCACUGUUCAGUCUCUCUGGUCACUUUAACAACCUCAGAGUUGUGCACAGUGAUUUUUUUUUUCCCCCAAUCUGUAUAUUUUUGGAACUUUAUACAAAUACCAUUGUCCUUGGUUUUGUUUUCAUGUACUAAACUAUGUAGCUUUAUCAUUUGA